GUCCACCGGCGACGUGCUGCGCUGGAACACCGGAGCGGCUCUCGCCAUGUUACUGCGCUUCCUCUCGGUCGGGGCCUUGGUCUUCCUCGCCGAGGGCUACUUUUCGGAGGAGAUGUUCCCGGAGGAGUCGAAGAUGCAACAUCCGACGGUGGUUAUCGCUAUCUUAGCCAGAAACAGCGCGCACUCGCUGCCCUAUUACCUCGGGGCUCUGGAGAGACUCAACUACCCCAAAGACCGCGUCUCCGUGUGGGCGGCCACGGACCACAACACAGAUAACACCACCGCCAUACUGAAAGAGUGGCUAACCUACAUGCAGAAGUUCUACCACGAUGUAGAGUGGAGACCAAUGGACCAGCCCACGUCCUACGUAGGAGAGUCGGGUCCGAAGCAUUGGCCCAAUAGCAGAUAUGAGUACGUGAUGAAGCUGAAGCAGGCAGCGCUCGACUUUGCCAGGAAACGCUGGGCCGAUUACAUCCUGUACGCCGACACAGACAAUAUCCUCACCAACCCGGAAACCCUCAACCUGAUGAUGGCAGAGAACAAGUCAGCCGUCGCUCCCAUGCUGGACUCUCAGGGAGCGUACUCCAACUACUGGUGCGGUAUCACCCCACAGGGAUAUUACCGGCGGACAGCAGAGUACUUCCCCACCCGCCAUCGCCACAGACUGGGCUGCUACCCCGUGCCCAUGAUCCACUCCACCAUGCUGCUGGAUUUAAGGAAGGAAGGCAUGACGAAACUGGCCUUCUUCCCGCCUCACACGGACUACUCGUGGCCCUACGAUGACAUCAUCGUGUUCUCCUUCUCGUGCCGGGCUGCAGAGGUACAGAUGUAUCUGUGUAACAAGGAGCGCUACGGCUACCUGAACGUCCCGGCCAAGCCUCAACAAACCUUGGAAGAUGACCGCCUUAACUUUGUCCACGUCCAUCUUGAGUCCAUGAUUGAUGGUCCUCCAAUGCGCCCCUCACGAUACGUCUAUAUGUUCCCCAAACAGAGAGACCUCAUGGGCUUCAAUGAGAUAUAUCUGAUUAAUCUGCGACGGCGUACGGACCGGAGAGACCGGAUGCUGUUCUCUCUGAAUGAGCUUGAGAUUGACGUCAAGGUGGUAGACGCCGUGGAUGGAAAUGCACUGAACAGCACUGACAUUAAGAUCCUGGGUGUGGACCUGCUGCCAGGCUACUAUGACCCGUUCUCUGGACGCACUCUCACCAAAGGAGAGGUGGGCUGCUUCCUCAGCCACUACUUCAUCUGGAAGGAGACGGUGGACUUGCAGAUGAACAUGACGCUGGUCCUUGAAGACGACAUUCGUUUCCAGGCCAACUUCAAGCGACGAGUCCUCAGACUGAUGGAGGAGGUGAAGCAGGUGGAGCUGGACUGGGACAUCAUAUACUUUGGCAGGAAGCAGGUGAAUCCUGGAAAGGAGGAGGCGGUGGAGGACGUUCACAACUUGGUGAUGGCCGACUACUCGUUUUGGACUCUGUCCUACGCCAUCUCCCUGCAGGGAGCCCAGAAACUGCUCGACGCUGAGCCGCUGUCCAAGAUGCUUCCGGUUGAUGAAUUCCUCCCCAUCAUGUAUGACAAACAUCCCAAUGAGGACUACAAGUCCCAUUUCCCCAACAGAAAUGUACGCGCCUUCAGUACACGCCCCCUUGUGGUCCAGCCGUGUCACUACGCCGGCGAUCCCCAGUGGGUGAGCGACACAGAGACGUCGACUCUGUGGGACGAUGACGCUGUCCGCACCGAUUGGAGGGGUUCCCACAAGAACCUGAAAGGGGCGCCGCCGUCCGACAUGCUGUCAGCUGCCUACAAGGAUGAACUUUAGUGCACAACAGACGUGGCUGUGGAGAACCUGCAGGUCAAAAGGCCUCAAGGUCAGAGAGACAGAUGCUGAGGAGAGAAAGUGUUCCCAGACUUUAUUUUCGGCCCACUCUGUGUCACGCCACUGACAUGCUGAGUGUCAGUUAUACUGGACAUGUUCAAGCAUGUCAGCAAGAGUCUGGCUAAGAGGAUACGUUGGGUGGAAAGCCUCAGAAGGGGCAGUGUUAUAGGCUUUUUGUAAAGAAAUGUAUUUUAGUACUUGUACAGAUGUCAGUCCACCCUCAGACACUUCUUUUCUUUAAUUCAGUCAUUUCUUUCAUUAUGAAAGUGUAUACUGUUUAUCAGACUUUUUUAAAUGUUAUGUAUGCCUGUGUUGGAUUGUGUGCUAGUCAUGAUUGCAUGUUUAUAAUGUUAAUUUGACAUCAUUUAAAAGGAGAGUGAAGAGGUGACUUUACAGUUGUUGAGGCUCCAGUAGCUGCUUUGUUCACAACGCUUGGCAAGUCUGGACACAAGUCUGCUUUUGUUAUUGAUAUUAUAUCUUAUUUCCCCCUUUGUUGGUAUAUCUGUCUGCCUAUCCAUUUCUCCAUUUGUGCAUGUUUUCCAUCAAGAGCAACGCUUGUAUUCAACUCAAAGCUAAACAGAUCCUGAUUUCAAGCUGAUAUACCUCAUGGUUUCUGUAUAAGACUGUUUCAGUGGUACCAGAUUAUAUUAACGAAAUGUUUUGUUAGUGAAACAAACGCAUUGGAUGUUUACAUUUGAGUGUUUAUAUAUAUAUAUAUAUAUAAUCAUCUGAUAUAUUUUAAUAAUAAUAAUGAUGUACACUUUUAUUUUACGUGUCUUUAAAACCAGUAAACAUGAUCAAAUACUUGAAAAUUCCUUCAUAUUAUUUAAUUUAAAUCGACAGUGAUCAGAAACAAAAUGCAGGUUCCAGUUGAUAGUCUAUGUUCUCAGCAUUAUAACAAUUAUUUGUCAGUUUACACAUGUUUUAUCAUUUAUUGUGAUUACAUUAGAACACAUUUUUAAAAAUAAAUCUUUGGAAAUAGUUGCAUAAAACCAAUCAUGCAUGUUAAGAUGGGAUCUCCUGGUGUCUGCUUUUGCUGAGUGAUACUACUUUUUUGGGGACAACCAGCUGCUUUGCAGUGCUAAACUUUAUGUGAGUUAAUCUAUUAAAACUCAGCCUUCAAUAACCUUCACUGGGAUCCUUAAGUGGUGGAAUGUUUGGACUAGCAGUGCAAGUACCUGAUGAUGUCAUUCUGCCUUGUGGGUUUAAAUGAUGAUGAUCAUUUACUAAACGUGUUAGAUUCGUUAGCGUUUGGCAAUCAUUUAUAAUGGUCAGAUUUUUAUAUAUAUGUUUUCUAUUAUACAUGUAUCUUUUCCUUAAUGUCUUAAUUUAUUUACUGCGUGUUUCUUGAUACAACUGAUGCAUGAGUCACAUGACAUGAUGCAAAACAAGCAAACUGCAAUCUCUUUUCUAAAACAAUAUUUUUUGUGUUUGUGUCCUAAAGCAAUACAUUUGUAUUCAGAUAUUAUAAAACAUGUUAUUACAAUUGUACAGCAGACUUUUCUGACGAAAAUAUUGUUUGUCAUUGUGGUUGUGAGUUUUGUAUUAGUUAAUAAACCCAACUUUCUGUGGACAAAAGUAUCUAAAUAUAUGGUCAUUAAAAAAUACCUCUAGUUACUUCCAGGUGUUGCAUUGACACAAAUCCACCACAAGAUGGUUCGGUUUUUCAUUUUGUUGUAAGAAUGUACCUAAAUGGAAACAACAAAAGGGGUGACCACUUGCAGUUAUUGCUUUAUUCAUACGCUUUCAUAAUGGUGACAAUCAUUUUCCAAAUAUUUAAGCAGUUCAGGACCAUUGCUGUCUGUUCUGUAACAGUAAAUAUUUACUUUCAAGUAAUUUGAAGAGUUCUGUGUUUUCCUAUUUAUUUACAUAUUUUUAUAUACACACAAACUUGGCACAGACAAAAGGCUGCAUGUAAGUACACACACAUUUACCCCGACACAUACAGCUGUGCUACAUAAAUACAUUUUACUUAUGUAAUAUAGAAUCA